AUGAUUAAUAAUACAAGUCCUUCUUCUUGUGAUUUACAAGAUAUCAUUAUGUGUUAUCAAUCACAACCUGAUUUAUUACGUUUGAUUCUUUCCAGUAAACUUGAAGAAGAUAAACGACGAGCAGAAGAAGCAAAACUGAAAGCGAAAGAAUUGGAUCUUUUAUUAAUACAACAACAACAACAAAUGAUGACUCCUACUUUAACUUCCUCACCUUCUACUACUUCAUCAUCUACUGGUCCAUCAGUCACUUCCAAUGAUGCUUAUUCUACUUUUGGAUUUCAUUCAAUACAACAACAACAACAACAAGAAUCAUCUAUGGAUACUUCUUCUUCUCCUUCUUUUAAUGGUAUGAUACAAUCUAUGAAUAAUAAUAAUAAUAAUGUGACUUCUCCGCCAACAAUAUCAUCUUCACCACAUCAUCGAAAAUCAAGUCCUAUUACAUUUACUACAUCAUCAUCAGUAUCAUCAUCUGGAAUUUCAUCUUUAGCACCUCCAUCACCUCCUCCUUCUUAUGGUAUUCGACGUAGUGUGACAAAUGAUCCAACUUCUUUCAAUUUACAUGAUCACCCUACUUCCUCGGAUGACAUAAACCAACCCCCCGCAUCUUCCCCAUCCUCUUUCUUACCGCUAGCUGAACCACGUCGUAGAAGAGAAAUGCAAGCUAUUACAAAAAUCGUAGAAACUAGAGAUUAUCCUUAUAUUGAUGGUCAUUCUUGGCGUAAUAAUGGAAACACUGUACAGAAAAAAACUGGAAACAAGAGUGUAUAUUACAAAUGUGCUAAUAGUAUCAAGGGUUGUGCUGUCAACAAAACUUUAACCUGGCGUGGUAAUGGUGAAUAUUUAAUCAAGUAUCGUGGUGAACAUUUACCAGAAUGUGGUAAUAUGCAACAUAUUCCUGAUGUAUGA